AUGGCAGGGACCUCCGCCUCUCUGCAACACAACCAAUCUCUCACUUCUUUCUACACUGCCCUUGAUCCGAACUCCUUAAUCCUCUCCCAAUUCUUUAAUUCUGAUCAGCCUCAAAUGCUGAAAUUGACUACUACCGAGUCUUUUUUCAUGGAAAGAGGGCCGAGAUAUAAAGACUAUGCUGCUCUCAGAGAAUCAAGGCUGAGAAUGAAGAGUAUGCAGCAGCCAAUUCUUGAAGAAGAGGAAUUGAUUCUAACCCCACCAAAGAAACAGGUCAAAUUUCAAGGGAUUUUUGCUACACCACCAAAAAGGCCAAAAGGGACAUCAACAUCCUCUGUCUUGACUCAAUCUGUUCCCGAUUUUUCAUCGGCACUGAGGAAAGAGAACCGGAAGCCGCCACCGUUGCCUACUCUGCCACCUACAAUGGAGAAGUCAGUGACCCCUCCGUUGCGGUCGAAAAGCGGGAACUCUGGGAGGUUUGAUGGGAUUAUGGGGAAGCUGGGAGGGAGUAAGUCUGUGAAUUCAGGGGAGAAAAGGAGUGGAGGAUUGAUGGCUAGGAAGAGCUAUGCAAGUAUGGAGGAUUUGCGAGGGUUGGCUUCUGAUGCAAGAAAUGCUAUCAAUGCAGAAAACAGGGGAGGAAGGAUUGGAAGAGGAAUCGGCAAGACUGUUUUGGGCUAUAGGCAGUUUUGA